AUGAAUGCCACCUCCAGCGCUGGGCUCGUCGCCACAGCCAUCUUGCUGUGCUGCGCCUCCACUCCGCUGCCGGCUACGGCGGCCAGGCCACGACACGGCGAUGUUCAGUCCCGGCAGAAGCGCUACCUGGUGUUUCCUCCGUACACACAUUUCAUCGAGCUGAUCCUAGGUUUCGGCCUGCCGAUCACGGUGGGUCAGCAGAGCCUGACCCUGGGCCCGUCGCUGAAGUACAUCUACCAGCUGCCCUACAACGGCACGCAGUUCACCCAGCCAUACGUGACCUCCGCCAAGAGGGAGGUCAGCUCCCUGACGUCCCGGUGGCUCUGGUACUCGGCGCUGGAGCAGGCCCUGGACAGGUGGGAGCCGCCGAUUGUCGUGGCCCUGCGAGAAGCAGGUCCCAACUGGUUUGGCCUCGAUGGACGGGCGUGUCUUCUCAGGAUGAUUUGUGAGUCGGCUGAAGCACCUGUCAUGCCUGAAGAUAUCAUGGCGGAACUCAUGCACAUAUUCCUCACGCCAUCCACGUCGGACGAGGCCGCCGACAGCUCGGGCAGGGAGUUCCGCUCGGCCGAGGCGGCGGGCUCGCUGGGGCCGCGGCGGUGCGGGCAGCUGUACCGCGAGUGCGGCGUUAGCCUGCUGGGCCUCGUGACGCAGCUGGAGCUGCCCUGGCUCGCCGCGGGCUGA